UUUCAGUUAAUCAAUCCAUACAACCAAAAGCUGGAGACAGUGCUAUUAGCAUUAUCAAGUUUGCAAAAAGCUUUCCUUCCUUUGUUGAGAUCAAUGGCUUACAAUCUUCAACCACUCCUCACCAUUCUUGAAGGAGUCCUUGAUCCUGACCAACCACGGUGGAUUGUUGAUGAAAACAAUCCUCAACUCCAAUCCCUCCUUGAUAAAGCUACUUCUCUUCAGCACCUCCUUGAUAGUAAUUCUGCACUCACCAAACUAGACACCCAAAUAAGAGAAGUUGCACAUCGAGCAGAAGACAUCAUUGAAUCUCACAUGGUUCAUCACAUGCUCUCUGGAUCUAAUUGUGUGAGAUUCACUCUUUCCACACCAGAUAUACAACAAGUAACGCGUCAACUUGAUUCUGUUAUGGAGCAAGCGGAGAAGCUCGUGGAAAACAAGAUGUUGCCGAGCAAGUCAUCCAGUGCUGCGGUGGGAAUUGAUUCUUCUAUAGAACAACUGAAGCUCGCAGAUAAGAAGAAGCCGUCUAGCAGUUCAUCAUUGAGUGUUGUGGUGGGAAUUUAUGAAGAUCUGAUGCAGCUCAAGGAUCGGCUGAUCGGUCAGCAGCAGAAGAAGCGGGAGAUCGUCCCCAUCGUUGGUAUGGGUGGAGUAGGUAAAACCACUCUUACUCGAAAGCUUUACGAAGAUCCUUUGAUUGUUGAUCACUUUGCAUAUCGUGCUUGGGCCACUAUCUCACAAGAUUACAAUUUGCAACAAAUUCUCUUAAGCCUUCUUUAUUGCAUAACUGGACAAGAAUUUGAUCAACAAAUUGAUGAGUUAAAAGUCAAGUUGCAUAAGAGCUUGUCUGGUAGAAAAUACUUGAUUGUAUUAGAUGAUAUUUGGAGCACCAAAUUGUGGGAUGAGAUGAGCAUGUAUUUCCCAGAUAACAACAUCGGGAGUCGCAUUGUGAUCACCACUAGGGAAUCUGAUGUGGCGAACUAUGCUGACUCUUCGAGAUCACACCAUCAAGUGCAACUGCUUAGCGAGUCUGAAAGUUGGAAUAUGCUUCACCAACUUGUGUUUGGAGAAGAGGAGUGCCCUCUUGUAUUACAAGUGAUUGGUCGAAAGAUCGCCAAGGAUUGCGGUGGGCUUCCUCUAGCCAUCAAUGUGAUUGGAGGGCUGCUAUCUAAGAUGGAAAGAUCAGAAGAUGCUUGGGAGAAAAUUGGGAACAAUGUAAAAGCAGCAAUUUUCGAAUCAAAUGGUUAUAGUAUCUUGUCUUUAAGUUAUAACUACUUGCCGAAUCACUUGAAACCAUGUUUCUUAUACAUGGGAGCUUUCCCUAAAGACUACGAGAUUGAACGUUCCAGAAUCAUACGUUUGUGGGUGGCAGAAGGAUUUGUAAAAUCGAAUGGGGAAAAAAGUUUGGAGGAAGAGGCUAAGGAUUGGCUAAAGUCUCUAAUAGAUAGAAAUCUAUUUCAAGUUAGAAUACACAAGAUAAAUGGAAAAGCAAAGAGUUACAACAUGCAUGAUAUGUUGAGGGAUCUAUGCAUUAAGAAAUAUGGUGAAGACAUGUAUCUAAAUGGUCCCAACAAGUUCACAUUCUCUAAUCCACGCCGCGUGAGUUUUCACAUCAAGUUUGAAUGGGAAGUUGUUAAUGAUUCAACAGAGUCAAUGUCACUAACUCGAUCUGUUUUACGCAUUGAUUUUCGGAGUGCGAGUUUCCAUCUGGUGCAAUUUUUGCGGCAAGAUUGCUAAGGGUGUUGGACUUGGAUAUGCGUAUGCAAAGGUUCCCAACUGAAAUAUUAGAACUUGUCAACCUACGCUUCUUACGUGUUAACCUAUGCUACUUAGGUAUCCGAUGCAUUUCAAGUAUACCGAAAGGAAUAUCAAGAUUGUGGAAUUUGCAGACCUUGAUUGCUCCUCUUUCUGAGUUUGAUGAGCCAGCUGAGCUAUGGAAGCUCUCAGAGUUAAGAAAUCUUGAGUUACUUCGAAUUAAGUUGUUAUGAGGAAAUGAACUAUAGUGUCCUGAAGAAGCUGGAAAGGAUUUCAUCUGGUAUACGACUUAAAAAGGAGGCAACAAGUUGGGAUGGUUUCCUCGAAAGCAUUCCAAAUAUAAAAAAGUUGUCAAUUAAUGAUGGCCUCCGAACUACAUCAACGGCGAUUGAUCUUAGCCAACUUCACAAGCUCGAAAGUAUAAGAUGCUCUGAUAUCAGAAGUAUAUCCUCUCCAGACGGUGUCGGUGGUCGUUUCAGAGUGAUAUUUCCUUGUAAUAUUAGAAAACUUGUUCUGUUUGAAUGUGAAAUGAAUUUGGGAGCGUGGAGGACUCAGUGUGCACUACAUAAGCUGGAAGUGCUGUGGAUAGUUAACUGCAAUUUUGAAAGCGGGGAGGAGACAUGUGAUGAAGAGUGGGAGUUAGCAGAUGGAGAUGAGUUCCCCUCACUGCACUUUCUACAUAUUCAUGGUAUGAGUUUUGUACGUUUGAUAGCCAAUGAAACCAAUUUCCCUAGACUCCGCCACCUCCGUUUACGUUUCUGCGAAGAUCUAGAGGAAAUCCCAAGCGCCAUUGGAGAGAUCCCAACACUCCAAUCAAUUGAGUUAGAAUAUUGCAGCACAUCAGCAAAUGCCUCAGCAGAAAAGAUUAAGGAGGAGCAAUCUGAAAAUGGAAACGACCAUCUCAAACUGUUUAUAACUUGAAGAUUUUGAGUGCUAAGUUGUAUGCAGCACUGUCAUUUUGAUUGCACAUUCAUGCAUACACUUUUCAUUAAUUCCAUAAAAAAUGCACAUGUUUUUUCA